AUGGUAACACGUUCUGAGCUAAAUUCACUCGUGCUACCGGCUGCAGUUGCUGAACCAAUUGAAUUGGCGAUGAGUGAAAGCCCUUGGGAUUGUUCAAAAAUGUUUGAUGAUGGGCUGAACUUUGCAGGAGUUUGA